AUGGCGAAAGUAUCGCAGCCAGAGCUCAAGCGCUUCCUCGACAAGCGCAUCGCUGUCAAUAUCCAGGGUGGUCGCAAGAUCCAAGGCACCCUUCGCGGAUUCGACAUGUUCCUCAACCUCGUCGUCGAUGACGCUAUCGAGCAGGUGCACCCCGAGCCCAACAACAUGAACACGUGGCAAGAUGGCGAUCGCUGCGGAACAGUCGUGGUACGCGGAAACAGCGUCACUUCUCUAGAGGCGUUGGAGAAUGUCAAGACACGAUGA